AGGUAACACCUAGAAAGCAUCACAACCACUUCCGGCCUUCCACAAGCAAGAGUUCCAUCUGAGUUCCAUCUGAGUUCCAAUAUGUCAGCUAAAUACACCCUGAUCUUUGCCUUGGCGGCUUUCUGCUGCCUGGUGGCAUCCAAUGAGGCAGCUGCUCAGCGAAGCCGAGUCCUGAGCACUCGCCACGGCAUCGAACUGGUUGAGAAGUCGUCGGAAAGCAACGAGGAGACCGAGUUGGCCGCCCAGAAGCAGGAGCAGGAACUCCAGGAGGUGGAGGAGAAGCUUAAAGAUAGGCUGCAAGGUCGCAGCGAGGAUGACGCCGUGGCCACCGAUGACAAGAAGGACAGCAAGGACACCGCCACCAAGGACAAGGACACCAUUGUGCGGCCCAACAAGGACGACGCCCGUGCCCGCCGCAUUGUUCGUGCCGGUCGUCGUGGCGGACGUCGCGGUGGUCGCCGUGGAGGACGCCGCGGUGGACGCAAGGCAGGUCGUCGCUCAGGACGCCGAGGUGGCCGCAGGCGCGGUGGACGUCGCGGUCGUGCCGGUGCCCGUCGCCGCACCUCCAUCAAGAGGCGCUCCGGCAAGGGCAACAAGGCCUAAGAACUCCUUCUCCCACCAACUACUUAACUGCCCGAUCCUCCGAUUCGAUACACUCAAAUAAAUAUUUUUUUUAAAAAAACAAA